GCAUUUUGCGUGUUGCCUGCUGUUUCCCCUCUUGUCCCCCUAGUUCUCUCUAGGCAGUCCCCGGGACAUUCCUUCCACGCGAAUCAUGUCCGUGAACAGAUCCGACAGAUACGACUUGAUCGUGGUCGGCUCCGGGUUUGCCGGCUGCAUGACUGCCUUGAACUUCCUCGAGACAAGCCAGAACGCCCGUAAGCAUGUCCGAGUCGCCCUGGUCGAGGCCGGCAAGAACGGCGAACGCUGCGGUGCCUCCCGCUGGACCGGAGCCUUCCUGCGGCUCGACAGAGACCUGAACUUCGACCCGGGCUGGAUCCGAGAGAUGACCGACGUAAGCGACGGUCAGGCCGAUCUGGAGUAUUGCAAGAAGCUGGCGAAAGAGGCCAGAGCGACAGCAGAAUAUCUGCAGGACCAUGGCGUGCGGUUCAUUCGACACGCGGAAGAAAAUGUUCUGCUGGAGUUCGAGACCGACCAGCAUUUUGUCAUGCCGGAGGGUGGCGGAUGGGCUAUGGUGCAGGUGCUCAUGGAGCACCUCCACCGGUUUGACAAUUGCGAGGUGCACUGGCAGACGGAGGCGAGAAAGCUGUUGCGAGACCCCCGGGGACGAGUGAACGGGGUGACGGUGCGACGGUCGAAUGGUCUCCUGGAGGAUUUGUACGCGCCGGACGUGAUGCUCUCCUGCGGUGGAUUUGAGGGCAACCAGGAGAUGCUGGCCAGACAUGUCGGUCCCACGACCGAUCAGUUGUCGCUGAUUGCGCCGGGAUUGCGAUACAACCGAGGCCAGGGACUCAAGAUGGCCCUGGACGUGGGCUGCGACACGGCCGGAUCGUUCGAUGGCAUGCACCUGGAGCUGGCCGACGCGCGCACCAGCAAGCCGAACGCGGCGAUCUACGGCCACAGCUAUGGGAUCGUCGUCGACGAGCAGUGCGAGCGCUUCUACGACGAGGGUAAGCGGCAGCUGUUUGCCACAUUCGAGGGGAUUGCCGUCGAGCUGUGGCGGGGACACCACAACAACAAGGGCUUCUUCAUCACUGACGCGACCAUCAUGGAGCGAUUCCGCCCGGGCUGGGUCUACGAGUCGACGGAUCGGGAGCCCUUCCAGGCCGACACCAUCCGUGAAUUGGCGAUGACGCUGGGAGUGGACCCGGUUCAGCUACACAGGACGAUCUCAGAGUUCAACGCGGCCUGCAACGACAAACCCUUCGAUCCGAUGCAGCUGGACGGGAAAGCCACCAGCGGUCUUCGGAUCAACAAGUCCAACUGGGCGACGCCACUGGAUAACCCCCCGUAUUAUGCCUUCCCGGUCACUGCGCAGUUGGUCUUUACCUUUGGUGGCAUCAAGGUCAACACCGACUCGCAGGUCCUUGCCCCGGAUGGAGCCCCGAUUCCGGGGCUGUGGGCCACGGGGGAACUGACGGGACUCUAUUACAACGGCAAUCCACCGCUCACUUCCGUGCUUCGAUGCCUGACGUUUGGUCGAUUGGCAGGCACUCUGCUUGCCCAGAAGACUGCGUCGCACUGAGGAGACCUCGCUGUAGGGUUACUUUACCUUUGUUGUCCUAUUCCGGACUGGUGAUACCCUGUCGGCCAUGUUCUGUCAGAGUAUAUCCCAGCGAGCUUUUCAUUUGAAUGAACGUGGGAAUAUGCAGGCCGGACUCGAUGUAAUAAGGGGUAUCUUCGUUGCAAUAUAGAAAACAAAAUCGAAAGUAUAUAUAUAU